UCUCCCCGACCUUUCGCUGGACUCAGCUUGUUCGACAUUUUGUCAAACGAGUCAUAGUUCAAACCCCGGCAGCAGUUCGACCAUCUUUCCUCUGCCGUGGGCCACUUCGAUCUCUCUUUGCUCUCAGUCUGUGUCCUGUCAUAGCAAAUGGUCGGAGGAGAGGUCCCAGAAGCCGGCGUGCAUUGGAAACCCGGUUGGCUACAGGGGUGAUCAGCUACCAGGGGAUCAUAGGACGUGGAUUGGGUUGACAUGGACAUGAAGGGUCCCGAACAGAAAAGUACACUUGGAGGAACCACUCAACAGAUGACGAUACUUGUUGAUGGGUCUUUAGCUCCUGCACAAGCUCGAUGUAGUGGUACAUCCAGCAAUUGGCUUUCUGAGCGCGGUCUUCGUUUAUCCGCCCCCAACUUCGCGUCUUUUCAUGACAGAAAGGCCGACUGCGGUGUUAUUCGCCACAAUCCGAGUACUUGUUCCCACCUCGUUAAACGAGGUUUCGGACAACAUCGUUCGUGUUGGGAAGUGACUCUUUGGCAAGCUUUGGUGCUGAUCAAGGAUUCGGCUCAUGCCGGAGUAGGUGUUCUGCAUUCUUUUCAGUCUUACACCGCAAAGACCUGCUUGGGGCUCUUCUCGCAUUCCUUUCGAUUGUUCUUCGUCGCACUAGUUUGUUCUCGAACGCGUUUACUUCCUCCGGUCCAGGGUAUGGCUUCUUAUGAUCCAGCAUAUGUUGUGCACCUUGUUCCGUGUUUCUACCAAGCCCAGAAGUUCACUGCUAGAAUGAAAGGUCUCAUAUGGACUCGUCGGACGGCCGUCUCCUUCUGUGAAUUACCACUCCUUUGGGAUGUAGUAAUAGAGGUUCUUCCAGCCUCGAGUGCAGUUGGAAGAUGUCAGUUGUCCGAUAGUUCGUUGGGAUCCGUAGUUUUGGUUCAGCACUUUGGCGUGUCGGUGGUUCACAGCUUGGUUGCCUCUUCGCUGGGGAAGACUCCAUUCCUUUUUGGUUCCGUUGUAGAUGUGAUGCAUCUAGUUUAUGCCCGUACAAGAAGACGAGUGACUGUGAAAGUGGGAAGAACCCUUUGUCAGAGAGCAGUUGACUGGACGUCUUUUUGAAGACGAGGAAUUGCGUGGAUUCACGAAACAUCUCUGCAUGAAUCUACCUUGGUAAAGCUGUGCUAGUUUCAUACAUCCCUUCACUGC